UCCAUCCAUUUUCAAAUCAAAUCAUCUCGGCAAAAGCGAAGAAAUAGCAGAUCUAGCUCCACAGUCUGCUGAAAUCCCACAACAUACCCACGCUUUAUACAUGUACUGCGAAUGAAUUCGUCAUCUUCCUCAAAAAGUCGGAAAGCGAAAUGUUACCAGUCACAGUCACAGGCUCAUUCGAAGAUGGAGAGGAGGAAGAAGAAGACGAAGCAGAUUCCUCGCAAUCCAUUGCAAGACCUCAACGUUACUAAUACUAAUGUUAACGACAGAAGCAGCAACAUUUCUACUUCUGUCUCCGUCGAAGCGCCAAGAGGCUGUCUAAGGUUCUUUCUUUCCCAGUCUUCUUCUACGAAAACCCCCUUUAGUAGACCGUUGAAAUCUAUCCCUAAAACCCCCAAGUCUGCUCCUAGUGUAUCGGCCAUUAAACCAUCUUCAAAAUCCAAAUCCACAUUCUCGAAGGAGACUUUGCCACAACGCACUGUUUCUGGGAAAGUUAUUCCUCUGAAAACCCAGAAACCUAACAAAAAUCCUCCGUGUCUUUAUCAUUGGCAAUCUGGGAAGAAAUCCAGUUCCCAAGACGCCCUCAAAUCGAAGAAGAAUUCUUAUGUUUUGGACUCCAAUAACAGUUUCGUGACUAAACUGUCGUCUGAAUCUGGACAAGCGAAACCGCUGAGGAGCAAUGCAUGGUGCUAACGGAUGAUGGCAAUGAUACAAACCUGACUCCUGUGACUAAGUUAGCGAUUCCAUUAGGUAUAGAUGAUAGAGUUGUUGAUAAAGGGAUGGAUGCAGAGAGAUCAAACACUAGUAACAGCAACAAUAGGACACCUCCUGUUCAAGUUUCAGUAUCUCCAGAGAUACAAUGUGGAUCCUCUUUGUUCUCCACAGCCACGCCAGCUUGUUUUGGUGCUGGCUAUGUUGUUUCAGGGGUGCCGGACAAGCGGAAAUGUAGGCCUAGAGGCAUACUCACGGUAGGGGAUAAUGAUUUAGGAUUUGUUGAAUCCAAGGCUUUAGAUAAUUUUGAUGACACUGAUGAAGAAAGUGAGGCUGUUGUUAACCAUUCUAUUGGGUCAAUUGUUCCUUUCCCUGCUGAAGCUUCAAUGCAUUGGCUAUUGUCUCCUUGCAAUGAAGAGGAUGAGGAUGGGAAGGAGAAUUCUGAUGGUUCAUCCAGAAGUCGGAGGCCUAUGGGGUUUAAAGUAUGGAAAAACCCAAUGCCUUUUUCUGAUAAUCAAGACGAGUUUUCUCCAGACCUUUGUAACAUCAGCUAUAGUAGAAGCAUUGGUAGUAACAGUAAUGCUAGGAAGAGAAGAAGCAAUUCUGGGCUUUCCUCAACUGAUGCUCCUGAGCUCCGGGGAUUAUUUGGCUCUUUAUAUAAUGACGGAGCAAUUUCAUCUUCUCCCCAAGCAACAGCUUGUGAGGCUCUUCCUGAGCCAAAAGAAAAGAUGCGCCAUUAUAAUAUAGAUGGGGAGAAGUCUCCAUUCUCUAUGGACACAUUGGGGAGUGAAAACAUUAUGCAAACGCCGCAAUCUGAAUCAAGCUCUGACAGAUUUGUUGGUCCAUCACAUUUGAAGUUUCAAGACCAUCAAAAACACCAGUUAGAUUCGGAGGUCAAUUCUUUGGCUGUGAACCUUCAGAUGGCAAGCUUGUCAUCAAAGAGCCAUGAAUCAAUAUGGGAUGCAACCAGCUCAAGUUUUCAGUUUGAUUCUCUGACCAUGCCUUCUGAUCCUGUUGAUAUGUCUCAAUUCCAUAAAUUUUUUGGGAAUCGAGAUUCUUGGAUUUCAAAUUCUACAUUAGAUUAUCUAUCACAAUCCCAGAUGCGAAUAUCAUGGAGGGAGGGAUUAGUGAGUCGGAUUUUUGAGUUGGAUGAGUUGGACAGCUGCAGGUGCUUGUCAGAUGAAGAAGCAGAUUCCAGUGGCUGGAGAAAUGACCCGUUGAAGUCCCCUAUGAGUCCUGAGAUUAAUGUUUGUGUAAGCAAUUAUCGGAUACACGCCUUUCAGUCUAUAGAGUAUGCAGAGAAGAAGAGUGUUUCUGAAGGAAAAGAUAGAGAAACAUUCCCUUCUAGAGAAUAUACUUGUGCAGAGUCCAUAAGCACUGAUGGGGGUGGGCUGGUUUGUUCAGAAGAUUCAGAUUGGACUCUUUGCUACAAGAACCACUUGUUUAAAGUUUAAUUCAGUAACUAGUCCAUUCAAGUAGAGUAAAUCUGCCCAACCUGGGCUGGAUGUUGUUUUACUUAUCUUGGUGUUCUAUGAGAGUUACCACCAGAUAGCCACCUAGCUAUCCUGCUUGCCUGUAUUUAUUUAUUUUCAAUUUGAAUUGUGCUCUCCUCACUGCACUUCAAUCCCAAAACCUUUCCUGGUUGUGAUAUGUGGAAAUUAUCUUUGAAGAGAAAAAGAGCUUCCUGAAUGCAAAGGAGUUGAUGACUAGAUGAUUUCAUGGUAUCAAGGGAGGAUCUUUGUGGCAUCUACAUGGGAUGCCAUAUGAAUCUCCUGGCAAGUAAGUGCAUAUUGACUCCAUUAUAAAUUGGUUGCAAAUUAUUAUAGCUGCUGUAGUAGCUUGUGAAAUGCAGCACAAUAAAGUACUUAGAUUAAAGAUCAGGUCAUGUAAACUUGCUGACAACAGGACAAUGGAUUAGUUUUAGGGGAUCUACUUAUAAUAUAGACCUCAUAUCAAUUAAUAUUUAACAUAAUAAGAUGAUAUAGAAAUCAUAUAGGCAUCUAGCCAAAUGUUGGGAAAGUUAUAUGGUCAGGAGUAUUCAGAUUAGGUGCAUGAGCCCUGACUUAAUGCCUAACUUAUUGGAAACAUACAUGGAAAGGUUUCCAUGAGGAACUUGGAAAUACUAAAUUAGUUAUCGGAUCACAAGUUGACUAAUGGUAACUAUCAGGAUAAAAGAGUCAGUUAAUAGGGAUUGCAUUAGUAAGGUGCUGCAAAAAUAAUUUUAGACCAUAAUAGAAUUGGUUUAAAACCUGAAGUUCUGUAGUGCAUGAGUUUUAGUUGGUAUGUAGUCAUUACAAUUGAGAGAUAUCUCUAUGAGGAACAAAACCUUCUGUUAAAUUUUUACUCAAGAUAAAUUGAUAAUUUUUAAUUUGUUCGCAUUCUUAAGGAUCUUAUACCUCUUUCUGAUAAGAUUGCCUUGCUGCUGCUGAAACAAUCAUUGAUUAUCUUUUAGUAGCAGCUGGUAAACUCUUUAGUAUGAGAGAAAAAGCUGACAGUCUCUAGAUAAUUAAACUCGAGAUUUAAGCAGCCUGUGCGAGGGAGAUUAUUUUGUAGCAUAAAUAAGAUUCAUCAAUACUAAGAUUUUGUUAGCAUAUAAUUUCUUUUAUGCUUAAAUGCCCGCUGUUGAUGUAUAAUUAUAAGAAGAGGCUUUUACAUUUUGACCAUCAUCCUUUCUUUUAACUGUCCAAUAUGAUGAAUUUAAAAAUAAAUGUAUUUGCUAGUAUUUAUGGCCCUUUCAUUUUAGUGGGAAAGUAACUGAUGUUAUUCACUCUAUUCAUAAUAUGUUAUUAUUCACUCACUACUAUUCCUUUCCCUAAACAUGCUACCUUUGAAAGAUAUAAAAGCAGGAGAAGCCUGCCACUACUUCUCAUUGUUCAUACAACAUUUUAAAUUGAAUGAAACAAUGUGUUUUUCUGGUGAAAGAGCAAACUGGUAUUCUCUGCUUCAUGUAGAUAAAACUUUACAAAAUUAACGAAUUCCAUCCUGUUAAUUGACUUAUCCCUUAAAAAAAUUUGCAGUUUAUUUUAAUUAAUUGUUUGAUUCUCACAUGCUUCCAGUUCUUGAACUAUACAUAACUUUUUCAUGUUUUCUCUCUUAGAUCCUUCACAAAUUUCCAUGCAUGAUGUUGAAAUUUGCAUUGCUUCUAUAUUUUCCAAGGCUGCAUAUACCUUUCACAUUUCUUGGUUUUCUCUCCAAAUGAAAUGUUAAGCAGCCUUGUAGACUGGAGACAGUUUUCCUGGGCUUGUACUCAUGAUUAUGAUCAUCUAGGAACCAUUUUGGUGCAAAUAACCAGAUACUUAGACUACCUUUGGAUUACUUUAGCUUUUCCUUUCUCUAUAAAAAACAAACUGAAAUGUCAUAUACAGAACACUAAGGGGGUGCAAUUCUGGAUUGGUUGUGGCACCCUGUAAUAUUUACUGUCAACUAAGCUCUGUUUCCUUAGUCAAAUUUAACAAACAUAAACAGUAAAGUGUAACGAAUGCAGUUGUCAUGCGAGUGUCAAGACGUAGUAACUGAAAAAAAAAAAAGUGGGGGAAACGACGUCGUUUUGAAGAGGAAAAAACGACGUCGUUUUGAAAGGGGAAAAAUGACGUUGUUUUGAGGAAGCUGGUGGGAUAUAAAUAGGGGACGGGAAAGGAAAGAAAGGGGGAGAGAAGAAAAAAAAAGAAAGAAAAGAGAAAAACAGAGAAGGAAGAGAGCGGG